GAGCUGUUCCUGCGUCCUAAGUGCCUUGUCUAAGACUCGGGGAAGCUUGUUAUGUGCUGGCUCGUGAUCCACGGAUGCGUCAAUAUGUCGGUAAGGUUAGGUACCUGCCUAAGUACUGCCGACUUCUAAGGUUCUGGUUCCACUAGCCCAGAGCAAGCCCAGAGCAACCUUAUUUCUGGUUCGUUCUGGAGAAACUACGGUUUUAUGAAUUUUUCCAGCUAGGAUAUGCAUGUUCCUUUAUGACAUCUGACUGUGUGCACGCUUAGUAAAAUAACUCAACCAUCUACAACUCUAUAAUCGCAAGAAGACAAGAUGUCGCGACAAAUAAACCAACCUUCUAAUCAAAUCAAGCUUACCAAUGUUUCGCUUGUGCGCUUAAAGAAGGGGAAGAAGCGUUUCGAGAUCGCCUGUUACAAGAACAAAGUGUUAGAAUGGCGAUCAGGCAUCGAGACCGACCUCGACGAGGUUCUACAGAUCCCCAACGUCUUCCUCAAUGUCUCAAAAGGACAGACAGCGCCCUCCGCAGAGCUUGCAAAAGCGUUCGGCAAGGAUAAGCCUCUAAACGAUAUCAUCCUCGAAAUCCUGAAUAAAGGCGAGCUGCAAGUGGGCGAGAAAGAGCGCGCGGCGCAACUAGACAGAGUACACAACGAAGUCGUUAGCAUCGUAGCUAGCAAGCUAGUAGAUCCUCGGACGAAGAGAGUUUACACCACUGGCAUGAUCGAGAAGGCCUUGGAUAUGUUGAGUUCUCAGGCGCAUCAUCAGCAAGGAGAUAAGAAGGGCACAGAGACAGGCAGUGGCGUGGGAACACCGGCAACAGGCGAUGACGCGGAAGCGAAGCCAAGAACAAAGGAGCACAAUUGGACUGGUGUGGUUACGACGAAGAGUGCGAAGAGUCAGGCCCUUGAAGCUAUGAAGGCCCUGAUUGCGCACCAACCUAUCCCUGUUACUAGAGCGCGGAUGAGGCUUAGAAUUACGUGCUCCACGAACGUUCUGAAGCAAGCAGUGAAAGCACCAAAAGGUGGUGAUACGGAUGGAGAACAAAAGACACCUGGUACGGUCAAGGACAAGAUCCUAAGUUAUGUUGAACAGGUAGAAACCCAAGACGUCCUGGGAUCAGAGUGGGAGGUAGUUGGGUUUGUCGAGCCUGGCGCUUUCAAAGGUUUAUCCGACUUCGUAGGCAACGAAACCAAAGGCCAAGGACGAGUCGAGGUCCUCGAUAUGGCAGUAACCCAUGAAGAUUAGAGAACCCAGUUUAGCAGCCAUGAUUUAUGAACUCGGAUAUCCAAAAUGAUUUAGUAGCAUGGCACCGGUAUAGGCUUGAUAUGGCAUAGAGGAAAAAUAAAAAGGGAGCAUGCGGCAGAGUUGCAAUUACUGCAGCUGAAUAUCACGCAUGCCUCAUCACAUGUUCAUUCCGAAUCAAUUUGAAGUGUUGGUCACAACGAUGUCUCUUUGCUAUUUAGAGUACACCUAUGACUUGCCGAGUCCGAAAAAUCCCCAAGUGCAA